AUGUCGUCGUCGCUGCAAAUACCGCCGUCCGAUCGACGGCGUCGCAGGCGUGUCGAAGAAGAUUCAGAUGACGACGAUGAACCAUCGACCAGAGGCGCAACCCCCCUUUCGCAGUCUUCCAGCGGCAGCAAACGGAUCAAACUCCACCGACGGUCAGAAGUCGUCAACGACGAUGAACAGGAGGAUGAAGACGAUGAGGACGAGGAUGAACGGAAUGGAGAUGGGCCACAAUCAAAAGUGUCGUUGAGCAGAGCGAGGCUGCCUGAUGGAUACACUACACACGGCGAUUUUCAACCCGGCGCGAUCGUGCGCAUUAAAUUGACGAAUUUUGUCACUUAUACAUCGGCCGAGUUCUUUCCAGGUCCAAAGCUGAAUAUGGUUAUCGGGCCAAACGGUACUGGAAAGAGUACUCUGGUGUGUGCGAUCUGUCUUGGGUUAGGUUGGGGACCACAGCACCUUGGCCGCGCUAAAGAUGCUUCUGAAUUCGUGAAACACGGCUGUAGAGAAGCAACCAUCGAAAUUGAGCUGGCGCGUGGCCCUCCGUUCAAAACAAACCCAAUCAUUACUCGCACCAUAAAGCAUGAUGGAAACAAAAACACAUUCACUAUUAACGGGAAAGACUCCAACCGAAAGCAAGUUCAAAGCCUCGCGCGGCAAUUCUCGAUUCAAGUAGAUAACCUUUGUCAAUUUCUUCCGCAAGACAAAGUUAGCGAAUUCGCUGCUCUUUCACCCAUCGAUCUUCUUCAGUCCACUCAAAGAGCUGCUGCCGGCCCUCAGAUGAUUGAGUGGCAUGAGAAUCUCAAGAAGCUGAGGGCCGAACAGAAGAAAUUGUCUUUGGAUAAUAAAGGUGAUCGGGAUCUCCUCACAAAUCUGGAAAAUCGCCAAGAAUUACAAAGGGCAGAUGUCGAGAGGAUGAGAGAGAGAGCGCAAGUCAAGAGGCGCAUUGAAAUGCUAGAAUUGGCUCGCCCGGUUGUGCGGUUUAAGGAUCACACCAUCAAAUAUCAAGAAAUUAAGAAUGAUCGGACGCAACUCAAUCAUCAACUAGAGGACUUGAAAGCCGAAUUGGAACCUGCAUUGAGGGCGGUCCUCGAAAAGGAAGAUUACUAUCGCAAGACAGACGACUUGGUCAAAUAUAAACGUAAGAAAUUCAAUAGGGCUGAAAUUGCCACCUCCGAAAUCGCGAAAAAAAUGGAAGCACAUGAAGACAAAAUGAAAGAGCUCGUCGGGCAGAUCGAAACAGAGAGGAAAAUAGGCUCAAAUCACAAACAAGAAGCGAGCAAAAUACAGCAAGCAAUCAAUCGCUUUACUCGGCAGAUGGAGGAAGAGCCAGAAGAGUUCGACCUUGAUUCUUAUAAUGAACGUCUUCGAUCACUGAAUAGGGAGAUAAGAGACUUGAGAGAGAAAGCUGAAGAGAUCAAGGGUGCCCGCAUACCUCUGCAUGAGAACCUGAAUGAAAAGAACAAUCAAAUAGAAAUAGCAGAAAAUGAACUUGCAAACCUCGCUUCCCAGAGUGGGCAGCAGGCGGCAGUUCUCAGGAAGGUUUCGUCGGACACAUACAAAGCCUAUCGAUGGCUUCAGGAGAAUUCAAACAAAUUCGAGAACGAAGUUUUCGGCCCUGCACUAGUCACAUGUUCGGUCAAGGACCCCAAAUAUGCCGAUACAAUUGAAUCUCUCCUGCAAAGAAAUGACCUCCUGGCUUUUACUACCCAGAGCACUAAAGACUUUAGAACCUUACAGAAGGCUUUGAAUGGGGAGCUACGACUUCAUGAUGUUAGUAUCAGGGCAUGCACUACUCAAUUGAGUGAUUUCAGACCUCCAAUUUCAGAUGAAGAAUUAUACGAUCUCGGAUUUGACGGCUGGGCUAAGGACUACUUGACGGGCCCGGAACCUGUUAUAGCCAUGCUGUGCAAUGAACAAUUUCUCUUUAAAACCCCUGUGGUUCUCCGCGACAUUACCGACCAGGAAUAUUCUCGAAUGGAAAGCCAUGCAGCGAUCAACAGCUGGGUCGCUGGAAAGCAAACAUAUAAAGUGACCAGGAGAAGGGAAUAUGGCCCCGGAGCGACAUCGACUUCAGUAAAGCAAGUGCGGCCAGCAAGAGUAUGGACGAAUCAGCCAGUAGACCUCUCUAUGAAGCAGGAAUUACUAGAGACAAUUUCACGUUGCAAAGAGGAAAAGGUCGAAAUUGAAGAGCAAAUAAAGAUUCAAAGAGCUGAGUUAAGUCGUAUCAGUGAGGAACACAAAACGAAGAACAAAGAACGGAUGGAUCUGGAGCAUGAGAAAUCGGAGAAGCAAACGGCACUCGUUAACUUCAGAGCGCUACCAGAACGAUUAAAUCAACAAAUGGCUAAAAAGAAAGAAAUGGACAAGAAAUUCGAAAAACUACGCUCACGAGUAAGAGAAAUUCGUAGCAGGCAGGACGAGGUUGCAAUUGAAAAGGCAGAGGCUGCUACUGCUUACGCCGAUGCUGUUGAAUCUCUCCGCAAACUUCAACAAGAUUUGAUGCUAGCAGAAUUUCGAAAUAUAGAAGCUUCGUCAGAUCUGGAGAGUGUUAAGGAGCGCAAUAUUGAGAUUCAGAACAUACUCAAAGCCAAGGAACAGGAAGUUGAAGAAGCGACCCGUUUACUGAGAGAGGCAAGCCUCCUCGGUGUACAAUAUAGAAACGAGGCAAAUAAAAUUCUGGCGCUGGCUAGAAGUCAGCCGGACCUCUCUGAGCUACUCCUUGAUCAAUGCAAAGAGAUGACUUCCGACCAGCUAGAGGCUGACAUUGAUUCGGAGAAGGCACGCCUAGAAUUGGCACAUGAAGGAAGUGCUGGCUUGAUCAAAGAAUAUGAGGAUCGUCAAAAGGCCAUCACCAAGCUUCAAGAAAAGCUUUCGAGAUACCAAAGCAAGCUUGCCGAUUACGAACAUGCUAUUAAUGAAAUUCGGGAAGAGUGGGAGCCAAGACUGGAUGCUCUUGUACAAAAGAUCUCCGACGCAUUUUCUGACUCUUUUGAUCGUAUCGGCUGUGCCGGACAAGUCAGCGUUGACAAAGUCGAAGAUGAGCCUGGCCCCAACGGCGAAAGAGGCGGAAGCGAUUUCGACCAGUGGUCCAUUCAGAUUCAGGUCAAGUUCCGUGAGCAUGAAAAUUUGUCACUCCUCGAUUCACAUCGGCAGUCUGGAGGCGAGCGUGCCGUUAGUACAAUUUUCUAUCUCAUGGCACUCCAAUCUCUUUCGGCGUCUCCGUUCCGUGUUGUGGACGAGAUCAAUCAGGGUAUGGAUCCAAGAAACGAAAGGAUGGUACACGAGCGGAUGGUUGAUAUCGCAUGUGCGGCUCGUACUCCCGUUGAAAGCGGUGCUGACGACUUGACCGGGGCUGGCGGAAGUCAAUAUUUCCUGAUCACACCUAAACUACUAAAUGGAUUAGUUUAUAAACCCGGUAUGAAGGUUUUGUGUAUCGUCAGUGGCGAACACGUGCCAGCCGAUUACAGCACAAUUGAUUUUGGCCGAGCUAUCCAAACAAUGAGCAAAAUAUCCGGUAUCCCGGCGAGGACAGCACCGAACAAUCUCGCCAGAGAGAAAGGGAAGGGAAGGGCCAUGGACAGCGGACGGCGAGGUAGUCAUAUUGGAGUUAGCAUGCGGGCUUGA